CUCUAAAGGCUCUUCUCGUUUCUUUUCUGUAAGCACUGUUCUCCACUGCCAAGAGAGUCUGUACGUACAACAAGCUGCUGAGAGCGCUGUACAUAUAGCCAUAGGGACUGAAAAAAGUUAGGAACAGCAUCUCCACACGAUUGGCGAGCUGCAUGUAGGGUCGUGGAUUUAAAACUCAGUUGAAACGGGUCAACCUCUGUCAUUUUGUUCAAAGCUCUUCCCCCUUCUCUGGUUUCUUAAACAUUACAAAUAAAUCAAUGGCUCGAACAAAGAAAACAGCAAGAAAAGUUGAUUUUUCUGCUACAACUCCGUUGAGUAAAAAGCAGGCUCUUGGACAUUUAGCUGUGAUUGCUGUUUCUGCUUCUCAAGAUCCGACCAAAUUCGAAGGCAUUCCCUUUGGUGGAUACGGCGUUGUGUGCAACAACAAGGAACUCCCGAACGUCUCUGGCAGUCUAUUUGGCACUUCUGCAAACUCCCUGUGUAUUGAGCUGGAGGGUAUCAAACGUUUUAUCGAAAGGUGUCCCAACAAUCUCAAUGUUACAGUGGUUACGCGCUGUGAAAAAGUAUACAGAUUUUUAAAAGACCCAGAAAAGCGAAUCAAGCCAUCGAGGAAGGGGCAGGAAAUCAUAAAUUGUAUACACCUUGAGAUCAAUCAAUUGCUGAGUGAAAAAAACAUUACCCUCUUUGGCGCAUUCACGUCGAAUACAGAGAUCAAAGCGCUGUUGUAUCCUGCUGCAUUUAGGCUUGCUCGUAAAGAACGAAAAGCACGUGAAGUAACUGCUGACGCUGAACUGGCCAAGGCAUAUGAUGAACAAGAGAUGCAACAACUAAAUGAGCAUGCCAGCCUAAUGCAAGGCGCUAGCAGUACCUCAUAUCUACAACAACAACAACAACAAUCGAUAUUUUCCAACACAUAUUUGCAACAGCAACAGCAACUGCUAGUACCUUCUGAUAUGCAAUUACAGCAACUGUUAUCACAGCUACCACAAUCACAGCAACGAGAAUCACCUUCUUCAGGUAUGCAGCCAUCUCCUACUGCCACAUAUGUACAAACAACAGUGUCCUCCGGACCUGCUUCAAUUCAGGCUGAUGUAAAACCACCAGAUGCUCAUGCCAAUCCUGGCGUUCAUCGAACGAACAACAACAACAACAACAACAGCAACGAUAUCACCAUUAUUAGCGACGAUGACGAUGACGAUGGUGACGAACUCUAUGUGGAUGCUGUCGAUUAUACCGGCUGGACCGACUUGGAAAGAAAGCGGCCGCAAAUCCGUACCGUGGAAACAAUGAAUUAGUGGAUUACUGAUACUUUUCGUGGUUUUAAUCAAUGAAGGUGGUUAGCUGUUCAUCCCAAGUCAUCCUGCAUCUAUGUACAUAUAUCUUAUUGUGUUCAACAGUUUUUUCCUUUGAAUACACAUACUAGUAUAGGAUUUGUCACUGGCUUUUGUGUAUACUCAAAGGGUAUAUAAAUUAGGAGAGCCGCAAAGAAUAUAUACCUUAAUACGUUCCA